GUCAGACAACUUCCGGUUUGUAGGGUCGUGCCAGUUGCUCAGCGAGAAAACGUGAUGGCUUCAGCGGCCGCUAAACAGAUUGCUGCCGAGCAGGUGGUGGCAGGUUUUAAUCGGCUAAGGCAAGAGCAGAGAAGUCUGGCUUCCAAACUAACUGAGUUGGAGAUGGAGCUUAACGAACACACGUUGGUUAUUGACACUUUGAAGGAUGUAGAUCAGGGCAGGAAGUGUUACCGCAUGGUUGGUGGUGUUCUGGUGGAACGCACUGUAAAGGAAGUUCUGCCUGCCCUUGAGAAGAACAAAGAGCAGAUUAAUAAAAUCAUUGAGUCUCUGAGCGCACAACUACAAGUAAAGGGGAGAGAGCUGAAUGAGUACAGAGAAAAGCAUAACAUCCGGCUCAUGGGGGAAAAUGAUCAGAAGCAACCACCCAAAGAUGGCGGAGAUGAGUCCAAUGCCAAGUCUGGCUCUGCUGGCGUGCUCGUGUCUUGAUUCCCUCUUCCUCACACAAGUACACAUUGCUCCUUUUAUUUAUCUGUCUGGAGUAAGCUCUUGGCUUCUUUCUUUGUACUGUUCUCCCUUGAUCUGUAAAAUGAUGGAGGACUAGUUGGGGACAUUACAAAUACUACAGAAUGAGAUGAGUACCGAGUUGCUGCAGCAGCUGACAAUAAAUGAUACCAUAAUGUCCUGGUAUUACAGAAGCCAAUGGAUUUUUUUUUCUACAAAUAUUUCACACAUCACAAUCGUUUUAAGUAAUAAACCAUUUUUUUGUGCUUGUAUUUUUGUUUGUUCAAUAAAAUUCUUAAGUUUA